AAGGUUUUAUAUGAAACAGGUUGCUUUGACGAUGUUUAUGAGAUAACAGGCGAGGUUUCUCAGAAGAUAAGAGACUCGCUUGAAUUUCCACGAACUGGUCCGAUUGGAUGCGACAAGUUCGACUCAUACGAAAAAAUAUACUAUGUCGACCUUAACGCUGCAUACAUGAGGUUCGUCCAAUAUAUCCCGACUGGAAUUCCAAACGAAGAUGGAGAGUUCCCAGGAAGGAACUAUACAGUUGGAAAAGUCAUACAACAACUCUAUGAUAUUAGGAAAGCUUCAAACCCCAAACUCGCAAUGACACUGAAAUUGCUUAUGAAUUCGACAUGGGGAUAUUCCAUUAAGAAACCUCAAGAGAUGAAGAGUAAACAUUAUGAGAAGGUCGACAACUUUGUUGAAAGGUUUUCUCCUUUUGUUUUGAAGUACGAAUUCACUCAAGGUCAAAGUGGCUUAGUAACCACAUUAAAACCUAUUGUCGAACAUUGGUCUUACCCUCAGUUCGCAAAGGCAGUCCUUGACAACUACAACAAAUUCUUCUCCGAAGUCAAAUCCAAAGUGAAGGUUUACUAUGAGAACAUUGACGCACUCAUGACGAACGAAGAAGGAUACAACAAACUCAUUGAAAUGGGAAUGGUCGGUGAAAAGAUGGGUCAAUUCAAAUUGGACAAAAUUUUCACCGAAGUUCAUGUCCUCUCCAAGCGUAAGUACUGGGGCAUACUUGAAGACGGCACAGAAAUAAAACAUUGCAUGAAGUAA